CCCCAUCAAGACCGAUCAACAGCAAUUCACAACGAUUAUUCUUCAGCAAACGACCAACCAGCAAAGCAAAUAACACAUAUCGAUCAUGGCAAUGAUUCCAAGCUUCUUCAACAACCGAUCACGAGACAUCAUCUUCGACCCUUUCUCUUCUUUCGAUCCAUUCAAGGACUUCCCUUUCCCUUCUUCUUCCCUCAUCUCUCGUGAGAAUUCAGCUUUCGUUAACACUCGCAUUGACUGGAAAGAGACCCCAGAAGCCCAUGUCUUCAAAGCUGAUCUCCCGGGGCUUAAAAAGGAGGAAGUGAAAGUCGAGAUUGAAGAUGACAGGGUGCUUCAAAUUAGCGGGGAGAGGAACGUGGAGAAGGAAGACAAGAAUGAUAGAUGGCAUCGUGUUGAACGUAGCAGUGGCAAGUUCUUGAGAAGGUUCAAGCUGCCUGAGAAUGCCAAGAUAGAUCAAGUCAAGGCUGGUUUGGAGAAUGGGGUGCUUACUGUUACUGUGCCGAAGGAGGAAGUCAAGAAACCUGAUGUCAAGAAAGCUAUUGAAAUAUCUGGUUGAAUACGAUGCCUGUAUGUUUAUCUUGGUUGGCUAGCAUCUAUCUAUUUGUAAUCAAGAAUUCCGUGUCUUCUUAUGUUAAUAGCUGAAAAUCUUGGUGUCGUCCCUGUUUAUAUCGAAGUGUUCAAUGGUAAAUAAAGUGUAAUUUUGGCUUUCUAUAA